GCACCGGUGUUGGUGUUGGGCGACGAGCUCGGCGGGGAGCACUGCUGGUCAUGCGGGCGUGGGUCGGUAGGCGUGCGAGGGAGGUUAAGCGCCGGGGUGAGGUCGCUCACUCGAGGGUGCCGCACGCUGAGGGCGUGCUACUCGUCGCUACGAGAUGGGGGGUGUUGCGCGCUAGGCAAAGGCCGCACUAGGGGUGUUACGCGGCCGGAGACUACUGCUAGGAGGGGCGAGGUUGGCGUUAGGCGGAGGGCAAGGUUGGCGCUGGAUAGAGGGGUGCUUGUUGUGUGGGGCAAGGCAAAAGGGAAAAGCUGGUGUGUGGAGGUGGGCUAG